AUGCGGCUAUUUGGCAACGGCCAGGCCGCCAUCUCAAUUGUAUCUGUUAUUCUUCUUUGCCCAUACCCACUCAUUGCUAGUCAUGCAGAUGGCAUUUCGCCGUACGGUGACGGUGAUGCGCCUGAUGUUAUUCACUCAGAAACCCGAGGCUAUGGACUGCACGAGUCUCGAAGCAGUACUGACCUAGACCUAAACGAAUUCGACAACUUGACCGUCACAGUUGAUCAGAAUUUAGAACUUGAUCGCAGAGCUGCCAAAGACUUUUUUCUACGAGUAAUGCCACUUGGUGCUUCCAUUACUCAAGGAUACAAGUCCAGUGAUGGUAAUGGUUACCGCAAGUGGCUUCGAGCUCAGCUCCGCUUCCGUGGAUGGAAAGUCAACAUGGUUGGAUCAGAGAGAGACGGCACUAUGGCAGACUCGGACAAUGAAGGUCACCCUGGCUGGACGAUUGAGUCUGUCCACGGCGCUUGGACAAAAAGCAAGUGGAUGAAGCCGAACCUGGGUCUUAUCAACGCUGGGCUAAACGACUGCAACUCGGGGGGCGACCCUACCAAAGCCGGCGAACGAACAAAAAGCCUAGUCGAUGACAUCUUCGACAGUGUCCCUGGCGUGACAGUUGUUCUCUCGACUCUCCUUCUAAACAAAGACUCAUCCCGAAACUCCUGCUCCGGCGACAUCAGCAAGCAAAUUCGAAAAGUCGCAGCAGGAUACAAAGGAGCACGUAUUGCCCUCGCCGACGUCCGAAGCGUCAUGUCCAUGGAUGACAUUGGCCCGGACAAAGACCAUCCCACCGACGAAGGGUACAAGAUGUUUGCGGGUGUCUGGUGGUAUGCCAUCAGCAAGAUUGAAGACCAGAUCCAGGCGCCUGCCAAGGCUGAUAACAUCGACGAUCCAGCUGGUGGUUCAAGUAGUCAGUGUAAGAAAGUCGCUGGUAACGCUGGCUUACCUGGGCAAUCUCAGAUGGGCAGCGGUCACGACGAUGGAAAUUACGUUCACAGGAGCACUUCGAAGGGUGUUAUUGAGAGUGCAAAGAUUGACAAGGGGAGUGACCCAAAGUCUAUCACCGAUGCGAUCCUUUGGCAUACUUUGUUCGGGAAUAUUGUCGAGGGUGAGCCAAAUGCGGAACGAGUGGAUUCACGACAAGAGGGCAAAGAAUUGGUCCGAUUUGUGUUUCAUGCAAGCCAUGAACACGUCAGGAGGUCCGACCUAUGA